AUGACAAAUUGUUAUUUUCGUGCAUUCUUCUCGCGACUCGAUAGAUCAUUGGCCGAUGAUUUGAGCAGCAUUGUAAUGACCUUUCGGACAUGCUGCGUCUCGUCUCGCGCUCAAGUGACGAUAGGUCUGAUGCUGGGCGUUUACAUCACGAUGGCGACCAGAAGUCACUUCAACCUGAUGUUGGUGGACGCGAGUGAGUCGUUCCAAGUACCGAACGUCCACUUCAUGUUGAACAUUGUCUACCAGGUGGGCUUCAUGGCCGUGCAGGUGCCGUCGGGAAUAUGGUUGGACGGUGUCAACCCUGUUCCCGUUCUCGGAGUCAUCGUUUUGGCGUUGGCCGUUUCGUCGUUUAUUUCGCCGUUCACGUUCCGAGCAGGACUGCUCUAUCCGUCCGCCAUGUUGGCCGGCAUCAACGGCAUGAUCGUCGGCUGUUGGUGGCCUUCGAUGGGCGUCAUGCUGUCCAACUGGGCGCCGCCGGCCGAGCUGUCGUGCAUGUACUCCACGAUCAACACGGGCAUUCCAGGCGGCACCAUUUUGGGCACGGUCAUCCCGGGAAUAAUUUACACAAACAGGAACAGUUCGGAUUUCCAUCACAGCUUCUUCGUCCUGGCCGCAGCUUGUGCGCUUUGGGGAUUUUUUUGGUUGUACGCGUUCUACGGAAGUCCGCUCAAGGAUCCCGGGGUCGGCGAAGAAGAACUUCAGUAUCUCAGCACGCACAUAAAGCCUAAAUCGGAGCUAGCCGUUCCCUGGAAGUAUAUCGCUACGUCGGUGCCCGUUUGGUCCAUGUUGUUGGCAAAUUAUGGAUCGACGGUUUUCUACGCGGCGCUGCUUUACUAUAUGCCGGUGUACGUGAAAACGGUACUCAAACUGGACUUGUCGCAGAACGGUUUCAUUUCGGCCACGCCUCCUCUGAGUCAAAUGGUAGUGAUUUUCAUAACUGGAUACGUAGCGAUGGUCGUACAAAAAAAAGAAUGGACGACCGUGACGAACAUCAGAAAAGUAGGCUCGCCACAUUAACCAUUCCCUGUAAUCACUCAACAUCAAUCAACACACGUUACGUUUCUCUAGAUAUUUACAUGCAUUGGUAUGCUUCUACCUGCAUGCAUAUUGCUAGUGGCACCAUUAGCCAGGCGAAGUUACAUAUUCUACGGUAUGUUAGUGCUGGCCUUUGCUGCUUCGGGUUCAGUGUUUUCCGGGUUUCGAGUGACUCCAAAUGAAAUGUCUCCAAACUUCGUGGCUGCUACAACGUCUAUGGCAGAUUUCGUAGGCGGCCUAGCAAUGAACUCGGCACAUGUCAUACUGAUGCUAAUCAUCGAGCAAAACAAAUCUCAGCAAGCAUGGAAUGACAUAUGUUUGGGCUUGUCGGGUAUACUUAUUGUGUGUGCCCUUCAAUUUAUGUUUCUCAGCAGCAGCAAAAUACAACCUUGGAAUGAAAUAACAUAAUAAUUAUGAUAUCAACGUUGUUUGUGUAUAUCACACACCUGUACUGUUUUUCAUUUUCUUUGAUAACGUUUUUGAAACAACUUUUAA